CAAAGGCGGAUUCACGUCAAAACAGGAUACAAGGAAAUAAAACAACUGGUCACUGUCCGCAAUGAUGGAAGAUGAAGAAUUAGAAUUUGUGGAGGAUUUGGAGGCGAUAUUACACCUUACUCCAGAAGUGCAGUUGGCCAUUGAGCAGGUUUUCCCCAGCCAAGACCCUUUGGAUCGAGCGGACUUCAAUGCUGUUGAAUACAUUAAUACAUUGUUUCCAACUGAACAGUCAUUGGCAAAUAUAGAUGAAGUCGUAAAUAACAUAAGGCUUAAAAUCAGACGGUUGGAUGACAACAUCAGGACAGUGGUGAGGGGACAAACUAAUGUGGGACAGGAUGGUAGACAGGCACUGGAGGAGGCACAGAAAGCCAUCCAGCAACUCUUUGGCAAAAUCAAAGACAUCAAAGACAAAGCAGAGAAAUCUGAGCAAAUGGUGAAAGAGAUCACACGGGACAUCAAGCAGUUGGACCAUGCGAAACGGCACCUGACGACUUCUAUAACCACCCUCAAUCACCUGCACAUGCUGGCUGGUGGUGUGGACUCUCUUGAAGCUAUGACUCGAAAGAGGCAGUAUGGGGAGGUGGCCAAUCUCCUUCAGGGUGUGGUCAAUGUGCUUGAGCAUUUCCAGAAGUACAUGGGCAUUCCACAGAUACGCCAACUCUCAGAGAGAGUUAAAGCAGCACAGAACGAGCUUGGAACGCAGAUAUUGGCUGACUUUGAGGAGACUUUUCCCGCCCAGGGAUCAAAGAAAUCUGGAGGUCCUAGCAUCGUUCUCCGAGACGCUUGCUUGGUGGCAAAUGUCCUGGAUCCUCGUAUUAAGCAGGAGAUCAUUAAAAAGUUCAUCAGGCAACACCUCUCAGAAUACCUUGUGCUCUUCCAAGAGAACCAGGAUGUGGCGUGGCUCGAUAAGAUAGACAGGCGUUAUGCGUGGAUCAAGCGUCAGCUAGUGGACUAUGAAGAGAAGUUUGGCCGCAUGUUCCCUGAGGAGUGGUGUAUGACCGAACACAUUGCGGUAGAAUUCUGUCACAUCACCAGAACCGAGCUAGCUAAGCUGAUGCGAAACCGCGCCAGGGAGAUCGAGGUCAAACUUUUGCUCUUUGCUAUUCAGAGGACCACUAAUUUUGAGGGGCUGCUGGUUAAGCGCUUCUCAGGCUACACCUUGAACAACGGACCCGGGCAGAAAAAACCUGAGACACCCCUAGAACCCACUAACCCCUUUCUGGAGGACGAGUCUGGAGAGGACAACAUGUCAGAAAAAGAUGAAGAUUUGGAUCGACCAAAGAAGCCCAAGGUUCCGGACAACCCAUUCCGUGGCAUUGUGUCCAAGUGCUUUGAGCCUCACCUCUACGUUUACAUCGAAUCACAGGAUAAGAAUCUCGGAGAGCUGAUUGACCGCUUUGUUGCUGAUUUCCGGGCUCAAGGUCCUCUUAAAUCGGGCACUGAUGAGGGUGGUGCUGUGCUACCCAGCUGUGCAGAUCUCUUUGUGUAUUACAAGAAGUGCAUGGUCCAGUGCUCGCAACUUAGCACCGGAGAACCCAUGAUUGCACUGACCACCAUCUUCCAGAAGUAUCUGCGCGAGUAUGCUUGGAAGAUCUUGUCUGGGAACCUGCCCAAAACCAGCACCAAUAGCGGUGGUCUGACCAUCAGCAGUCUGCUUAAGGAGAAAGAGGGAUCAGAAGUGGCCAAGUUCACAACAGAAGAGCUCUGUCUUAUCUGCAGCAUCCUCAGCACAGCCGAAUACUGCCUGGCUACCACACAGCAGCUGGAGGAGAAACUCAAAGAGAAGGUGGACAAGUCUCUAAUGGAGAGAAUCAACUUAACUGGAGAGAUGGACACCUUUAGCACGGUUAUCUCCAAUAGUAUUCAGCUCUUGGUUCAGGACCUGGAUGCUGCAUGUGACCCAGCACUCACAGCUUUGAGCAAGAUGCCGUGGCAGAGUGUGGAACAUGUGGGAGACCAAAGCCCGUAUGUGACCUCUGUAAUCAUGCACAUCAAACAGAAUGUGCCCAUUAUCAGAGACAACCUGGCCUCCACACGCAAAUACUUCACCCAGUUCUGCAUCAAGUUCACCAACUCAUUCAUUCCAAAGUUUAUCAAUCACCUCUUCAGGUGUAAGCCCAUCAGCAUGGUUGGAGCAGAGCAACUUUUACUGGACACACAUUCGCUCAAGACAGUUCUGCUAGACCUCCCUUCCAUUGGCUCUCAGGUGGUCCGUAAAGCCCCAGCAAGCUACACCAAAAUAGUUGUUAAAGGAAUGACUCGAGCUGAGAUGAUCCUCAAGGUGGUCAUGGCCCCUCAUGAGCCAUCAGUGGUCUUCGUGGACAACUACAUCAAGCUGCUAGCUGACAGCAACCCUGAGACUUUUCAGAAGAUUCUAGAUAUGAAGGGCCUGAAACGGAGUGAGCAGAGCUCUAUGCUGGAACUUUUCAGGCAGAGGUUGCCCACUCCCCCCUCAGGACCAGAUGGCAGCCCAGCAUUAUCUUUCUGUGCCCCCACCCCUGAACAAGAGUCCUCCCGCAUCCGCAAACUUGAAAAACUCAUCAAAAAACGAAUUCAAUAAAUUCACCAUAAGCUUCAUUCACAUAAAUAUACUAGUUUGAAUACUAGUUCUCUGGCAUGCAUUCUUUUGCAUAUUCUGCUGUUAAAACAUCAAGGCUUGAGAACAAGUCUACACUUAGUUUUAUCAUGCUGAAAAUGAGGUGUAAAUAGUGCUUAUAUGUCUCCUCUUUGUAUUUAUAUUGUCCUUCAGAUAAUCGGUGUCCAGUCAUGUUUUAACUUGAAUGUUUUCAUGACUUUACUGUUAGCCUUAAGUCUUUAAAAUUCCUUAAACUGCAACACAUUACGGGCAUGAAUGAGUAAUUUUACUGUUCCCUGCCUUUUUGCUCCACUUUAUAACACUAAAACAAAAGCCUCUUACAGUGUAUGUCAUUUACUUUGCACAUUUCUCUGAAAUAUGUUUGCACUUAAAGCAAAAUAGAGGGCAGUGUGGCUCAGAGAAGUAACCUGUUGCUAUUCUGGCACAAAGUCUUCUAGCCUGGGAUUUCCAAAUUAAAAUGAUUUAAAGCCAACGCGUUCAUAAUUGUCCCCACUCUAUAGCUGUAAAUGACUGUGUAGAACUUGGCUUUUGCUUUGGGUAAAGGUGCCUGUGGAGUGGAAGGCUCAGUGGGCAUGUGGGAUGGGAAUUCACAUAUAACAAGGUCUCUGGGUUGGAGUUUCUGGAACUCAAGGUUUCCUGUCUCCCACUGAAAUGACAAAUCCGUUCUUUUGCCAUUUAAAAUACUUUUCCAGCUUGGGGUGAACAGAAAGGAAUACGUGCAUUGAAGAGUUUUAACCCUCCAGGAGCUGUAAGGAAGAAAUAUUUACCUCUUGCGCUUUCCCAAUGUAGUGAUAUUUUCCCUACGUACAAUAACUAUAGUUCAAAAAAAGAUUAUUGGGAUGCAGAAAUAUUAGUGUUUGCAUUCUUUUCCUUUAUGUCGGGGAGGAGAACAUCCAGCCUCAGGGCAGUAUAAGGCCUGCAAGACCAUUUUACCCGGUCUGCUGGGCCUUUCGAGGAAUAAUUUGAAAAGCAAAAAAUGCCCUUGAAUCCAUUUAUUGAAAUAAAAAUAAUCCAAAAUAAUUUUUAAUAAUAACGCUAUUUAUUAUAUAAUAGAAAGUCCUUUCUUUCUUGGUGUGUGAACACGUAACUGAAUAAGUAUGUUAAUUUCAACCCACAAUCAGAAAUUGCAAGCAAUUUUAUGGUCUACAAAUAAUUUUGAUUAUUUAUUAAAUUACCCUUGGUAAGAAAAAUGUUCCCCACCAUUAAAUAAUUUACUUUAGAAAAGAAGUUUUUGUCAGGUGUUUGACAUUUUAUUUAUUUUUUCCCCCCAUAAUGUAUUAUGGAGUUUAUGUACUGUAGUCUUGGUUUCUUUUCUGCACAUGGCUUUGUAUUUGUUCACAGAUCCCAACAGCAGUGCUUAUCAAAGCCAAAACUGUGUAAUGAAGGUGAGGUUUAUACAUGUUAAGAAUGGGUUAAUUAAAUACUUCUGCUCUCAUUGAUUUAUACUGUCGACUGCUAAUGUAAACAUUACUGCUGUCUGAUAUCAAUUUUGAUGCGAUCAUGUCAAAAUACAUUUCUUUUUAUAUUAAACUGCUUAUGUAUAUUUUAAGAGCUUGUGAAUAAAAGUCUGUUGU